AUGAACGAUGAACUGCCGCUGCCGUCGCCGGAGACGAGGGACUGGUCGGAGCUGCCGUUGGACGCGCUCUCCGUCGUCUUCGCCAAUCUGCACGCCGUCGAUCUCCUCAUGGGCGCCGGCCGCUUGUGCAGCUCAUGGCUUAACGCGGCCAAGCUGCCUCACCUGUGGCGAUGCAUCGACAUGCAAUGGCGCAUCACGAUCGGUGUGAUGCGCGCAAUGGCGAAGGUGGCCGUGGACCGCUCCGAUGGGCGACUUGAGGUGUUCGAGGGGUACGGAUUUGUUAAUGAUGAGUUGCUUCAGUAUAUUGGGGAUAGGUCACCCUCUCUGAAGGGCCUUUCCCUUAUUUCGUUAUUUUCGUACCUCGAUAUCUCCAAGAAAGUAUUCACUGAGUUCAUCAGCAAGUGUCCCUGUCUAGAGGACCUCGUCGUCGAGGAGGGUGGAUUUAUCGGUGGUGAAACAGGGUUCACUCUAUCGCUGAAGCGACUCAAGCUAACAGUACAUACAUACCCAGAUUCUCGAGGUUUUUUCGUCGACGAGCCGUUUGGCAUCGCGACGAUGAAGCAGCUGCGACACCUGAUUCUUGGGAGCAUCUGCAUCGGCAACGAAGAGCUGAUGGCCAUCAUUGAUGCCUGUCCUCACCUUGAGCUUCUUGAUGUGAGCAAGUGCUACAAGCUCGACGUCGACGACGCCCUGAGAACCAAGUGUGCCGGAAUCAAGACGGUGAAGCUGCCGCUCUCCUUGUCUCACGAUGGUGAUCAGUAUGCUUAUUGUGACUACCAAAUUGAUGAAUACGGUGACUUCAUUGAUGACUACGCUGACUACUUUUGA